CUGACCCUGCGUGCCUUUCAUAGGGCAUUUCUGGAAGGAGAGAGCGUGUGUGUGCGCGCGUGUGUGCGCAUGGGAGCGCAAGAGCUUGAGCCAGCACACGUGCCUGUGAGGAGUAAGUGGGAGGGGGCUUGCAGGGGAGGGGGUGCUGCUAGGUGAGGGGGAACUGCAGGGCCUCAGUUGCCAAGAGGCUGGUAGUAUCUGUCAGCUGUUUGCACACUGUUUACCCAUAGGAGAUCUAUUACAAGUGCUCAAAUGAACCGGCAGCUUGGGAACUAGCAGCUUCCUGGGAGCUGCAAUUAUAUAAGCAUAUAUUUUUAAUAUAAUAAUAAUUAAAAAACAAGCAGCAGCGGUAUGCCUGGAUCAGCUACAGCUCUCCGACAAGAGAGGCUGAAGAAGACCAAUGCAAGGCCAGUCCCCCUUGGUUUAUUCACCAUUAAUGAGGAAGAUGAACAGCAAAAGAAUGGAAAUUCCAGAAGACCGAAAGCGCCUGACAGCCACAAAGUGCAAGAGAAGAAAACUGCUGCCUCCAACCGGCCCUCCUCUGCUGUUUCAGGACAAAAUAGCAACCCCUCAGGAAAUAGACCAGACCCUCCACCUGUGCUGCGGGUUGACGACCGGCAGCGGCUGGCCCGGGAGCGGCGUGAGGAACGGGAGAAGCAGCUAGCUGCGAGAGAAGUCAUCUGGUUGGAGAGAGAAGAGCGAGCCAGGCAGCACUACGAAAAGCACCUGGAGGAGCGGAGGAAGAAGUUAGAGGAGCAGAGGCUGAAGGAAGAACGGAGGAGGGCUGCUGUGGAGGAGAAGCGGAGGCAGAGGCUCGAGGAGGACAAGGAACGCCAUGAAGCUGUUGUACGACGUACGAUGGAAAGGAGCCAGAAGCCAAAACAGAAGCAUAACCGGUGGUCCUGGGGAGGUGCUCUCCAUGGGAGCCCCAGCAUCCACAGUGCAGAUCCAGACAGGCGGUCAGUUUCCACCAUGAAUCUUUCGAAACAUGUUGAUCCGGUCAUUAGCAAGCGGCUCUCCUCUUCAUCUGCAACUUUACUAAAUUCUCCAGAUAGAGCUCGCCGCCUGCAGCUCAGCCCAUGGGAGAGCAGCGUCGUUAACAGAUUGCUGACGCCCACACAUUCGUUCCUGGCCAGAAGUAAAAGCACAGCUGCCUUGUCUGGAGAUACAGCAUCUUGCAGCCCCAUCAACAUCAUGCCCUACAAAGCUGCACACUCUAGAAAUCCGACGGAGCGACCAAAAUUCUUUGUAACAGCGCCCGAGGGCUCCGCGCGAAGGAGGACUGUUCACGGCACAGCGGGCUAUAAAAGAGAGAGGGAGAGAGAAAAUGUACCCUUCCACCUCACAUCCAGCUUCCGAAGGGCUCUAUCUCCAUCUCAUCCCAAAGCCAGGUCUCCAGCUUCCUCCGACUUUGGUGAGUGAAAUGUAAGAGGCUGGCUCCCAUCCAAGUCCUUUCCCCAUUUGCCUGGCACACCCAGACCAACCUCUGCGUCUCCUGGAUCAGUCAAAGCUGCCCCUGCUCAGGUCCGGCCCCCCUCCCCCGGCAACAUCCGCCCCAUCAAGAGAGAAGUCAGAGUGGAACCCGACAGAAAAGACCCUGAGAAAGAACCUCAUAAAGUUGCCAACGAGCCCUCACUGAAGGGCAGAACACCUUUAGGGAAGGUAGAAGAAGCCACAGUUGAAGAAGGGACACCCGUCGAAGCAGAGGCUGCCCCUGCUGCUCCAGCAGCAGCCCCAGCUCCAGUCCCAGCCUCCGAACCAGCGCCAGGUCCAGCCUCAGCCUCCACGCCAGUCCCGUCCCCCACUGUGACUGCCAGUACUUCUCCUAAGACCUCUGCAGGCACCACCGACCCGGAAGAGGCCACGAGGCUGCUGGCAGAGAAGAGGCGGCUGGCCCGAGAGCAGAGAGAGAAGGAGGAAAGGGAGAAGAGGGAGAAGGAAGAGCUGGAAAGACAAAAGAGGGAGGAGUUGGCUCAAAAGGUGGCUGAAGAGAGAACCCGCCGGGAGGAGGAGGCCCGCCGGCUGGAAGCAGAGCAAGCCCUGGAGAGGGAAGAGCAGCUGCGGCAGCAGGAGGAGGAGCGGGCGCGGCGCGAGCGGGAAGAGAUGGAGCGCGUCCAGAAGCAGAAAGAAGAAGAAGCGCGUGUUCGCGAAGAAACAGAGAGGGUCCGGCAGGAACGGGAGAAGCAUUUCCAGAAAGAAGAGCAGGAGCGUCUGGAGAGAAAGAAGCGACUUGAGGAGAUUAUGAAAAGAACCAGGAGAACAGAAGCUGCAGAUAAGAAAACUGUUGAUCAGAGAAACGGAGAUAUAACCAAGGGAGCUCUCACUGGAGGAACAGUGGUAUCUGCACUUCCAUGUAUGACAAACUCUCCAGGACAAGGAGAACCAGCAGCCAGCCCCCAUGCGGUUACCUCACACCAAUCCAAAGUGACUGCGGAGAGUACUCCCAAUUUGGAAAAACAACCAAAUGAAAAUGGAGUAUCAGUUCAGAAUGAAAAUUUUGAAGAAAUUAUAAAUUUGCCCAUUGGCUCUAAACCAUCCAGAUUAGAUGUCACCACCAGUGAGACUGCGGAUCUUCCUUUGAAUCCAAUCUUGGCCUUUGACGAUGAAGGGACACUUGGGCCACUGCCUCAGGUAGAUGGUGUUCAGACACAGCAGACAGCAGAAGUUAUAUGAGCAUUUCUUCUGAAGAACCAAAGCAGAAAUUUAGUAAGAAUUUCUACAAUUAAUGGAAUUCCUUCCAUGCUAUAAAGGAGUAUCCCCCUCCUCCAGUUUUCUAAGGAUUUCUUGAUCAUCAUUUUGAAAAGACUUUAUUAAAACCAGCGAAAGACAACAGACUGGAUAGCUUUUCUAAUAAUUUUUGCCAGUAGAGAAAAAGAAAUGCUCCUCGUUCUUCAGUACUUUAAAAUGGCUUUUUCCAGUGUGCUCCUUCUUAGGAAAUCAAUAUUUUUCUGCAUUCUCUAAAAGAUGAGAGCAUUUGACUAUAAAAAGAGAUGGGCUGAGUAGGCAUGAUUUUUCAUAUAGGUAUUUUGGUCUUUAAAAGCUAACAUGUAAAAUUGGCACAAAAAUUUUUACCUUUUACAGUAUAAUACUUGAAAUAUAAGUACCUCUUGGUUUCACAAGUAGAGUGAAUAGAAGAGGUGUUUAAAUUAAGCCUGUUUGUUUAUGUAUUACUACAACGCGCUCUGUUUGUAGAGGCAAACUAUAGGCAGGUUACCAGGUUCUUGUAAAUGCACCUUGUACAUGGACAUUCUGCAGACCCCGCCGUCCUGUUAUUCUUGCAUCUCUUUUUGGAAACGCAUACUCAACAGUUUUAAAAUGUGAAGAAAAAAAGUUAUUUUUUCAGAGCAAGAAAAUAAUUCACUGUCCUCUUAAAUAAUGUAUUUAUAAAGUUUUUUCAGAUUAAAACUAAUCAAAAUAAAUUAGAAUAAUGUGAGAACACUGCAAAAUUUGAUUUAUGGGAUGCAUUCCUGUGUCACCAUGAGAGAAUGUUGCCGAUGAUUCAGGGCUAUUUCUGAAGUCUCUUUAUUGCUGCUGUCCCCAGUGAUGGUGGGACUUAUCUUUGCCUUACCUGAUCACAAAUUAUAUGGGGGACGAGGGGGAGAUUAAGAUUUAGUAUUUCUUUAAAUAAAAAAAGAAUUUGGUUUUGCUCGUUUAAGAGCAAUGAAAAAGUGACAGAAUGUUGACUGUUUAGCACCCAGGACACUACAGGAUACCUUCCCGAAGGCCCUCGUUCUGCGUUGCAUCCAUGAGCUUUCACCUUUCAUUCUUCUUCUUCACUUUUGCUGCUGAGCUUAGCUGUAUAAACCUGCACUUUCAUUUGAUAAUAUAAAUUCAAUUUUAUUUUACCAUUCGAAGGAGAGAGAAUAUUGAGGGAACACAUUUUUAUUAUGGAGUGUUAAAAAAAAAGGUAAACUUCUGCCACUAGAGUGUGUUUUAGUAAAAGAGGGAUUAAUUAACCUACUAGAUUGAAUGAGAAGCUAUUCAUUUAUUGGACUGUUUCCUUAAAAUCCAAGCAUAUUGUCUUUAGUAACAGCUGUAAUUUGUUAAAACAUUAAUUUUGGGUUUUUCCCUAAUCUGAGUUGUCCAUGUACACAUAGUCAUAUUAAAAAAAAAAUGUGUUCAACCAAA